AUGCUCUCCAAACCCUCUGAACUCGGGGUACAAGAUAGCUUGCAAAGAACUUUCAAGGUUUUAGAAGGGCUUCUUUGGUUUCACAGAAGGGAUUCUUGGGAUUUCAAAAAGGGUUUUGGCUUGAAAGAGAAAAGACGCAAAAAAGCACCGCAACCAAAAAAGCAACAAAGCGACAAUGGCUCACCACUCUCAGUCGUCACUUCCGCGGAGGAGAAAAACCUCCGGUUCGCAUUCAUGGAAGAGCUCACGCACCGCGCGAGAAAUCGUGACUCCAAUGGCGUGUCGGAUGUCAUUUAUGAUAUGAUCGCUGCCGGUCUCUCUCCAGGGCCCCGCUCCUUCCACGGUCUCAUUGUUGCUCAUGCUCUUAAUGGUGAUCAUGAAGGCGCGAUGCAAUCGUUUAGACGAGAACUGAGCACAGGACAUCGGCCGUUGCACGAAACAUUUAUAGCUUUAAUUCGGUUGUUUGGAUCAAAAGGAUUUGGUAUUAGAGGAUUAGAAUUACUUGCGGCAAUGGAGAAACUAAAUUAUGAUAUUCGGCGCGCUUGGAUACUUCUUGUUGAGGAGCUUGUUAGGGGAAGAUUUAUGGAGGAUGCAAAUAGAGUGUUUUUGAAGGGAGCGAAUGGCGGUUUAAGAGCUACAGAUGAGCUUUAUGAUUUAAUGAUUGAGGAAGAUUGUAAAGUUGGGGAUCAUUCUAAUGCAUUGGAUAUUGCUUAUGCAAUGGAGGAAGCAGGAAGGAUGGCGACGACUUUUCAUUUUAAUUGUCUUCUUAGUGUGCAGGCUACUUGUGGAAUACCUGAAAUACCUUUUGCAACAUUUGAGAACAUGGAAUACGGAGGAGAAGACUAUAUGAAACCUGAUACGGAGUCAUAUAAUUGGGUAAUCCAAGCAUAUACCAGGGCUGAAUCCUAUGACAGAGUGCAAGAUGUUGCUGAAUUGCUUGGAAUGAUGGUUGAAGAUCACAAGCGCAUACAACCUAAUGUGAAAACUUAUGCGCUGUUGGUAGAGUGCUUUUCCAAGUACUGUGUUGUUCGUGAAGCCAUUCGGCAUUUUCGUGCACUUAGAAACUUUGAAGGAGGAACAAAAGUUUUGCAUAAUGAAGGGAAGUUUGGGGACCCACUUUCUUUGUAUCUUCGAGCUUUAUGUCGAGAAGGUAGGAUUGUGGACUUGCUAGAAGCUUUAGAAGCUAUGGCCAAAGAUAAUCAACCCAUUCCACCAAGAGCCACGAUAUUGAGCAGAAAAUAUAGGACAUUAGUUAGCUCGUGGAUCGAACCUUUGCAAGAAGAAGCUGAACUUGGAUACCAGAUUGAUUACGUUGAGAGGUACGUAGUUGAGGGCGGGCUUACUGGUGAGCGCAAACGUUGGGUGCCUCGAAGAGGAAAAACUCCUCUAGAUCCCGAUUGUGAUGGAUUUAUAUACUCAAACCCUAUGGAAACCUCCUUUAAACAAAGAUGUCUUGACGAUUGGAAGGCUCACCAUCGAAAGCUUUUGAAGAUGUUACGGAAUGAAGGACUUGCAGCUUUGGGGGAUGCGUCUAUAUCUGAUUACCUAAGAGUAGAGGAGAGAUUGAAGAACAUAAUCAGAGGUCCAGACCGCAAUGUUCUAAAGCCUAAGGCUGCUAGCAAGAUGUUAGUAUCUGAGUUAAAGGACGAACUAGAAGCGCAAGGUCUACCAAUUGAUGGAACUAGAAAUGUUCUUUAUCAGCGUGUGCAAAAAGCAAGGAGAAUAAACCGUUCUCGUGGUCGACCUCUCUGGGUUCCACCUGUGGAGGAGGAAGAAGAAGAGGUUGAUGAAGAGGUAGAUGAACUAAUUUCACGAAUCCAGUUGCAUGAAGGAGAUACAGAAUUCUGGAAGCGCCGAUUUCUUGGAGAGGGUUUUAAUGGAAAUAAUGUUAAACCAGUGGACAUGGAUACAUCAGAACUUCCAGAGGAGUUGGAUGAGGAGGACGACGAUGAUGAUGUAGAAGAUGCUGCAAAAGAGGUCGAAGAUGAGGAGGCUGACGAAGAGGGGGAAGUUGAAGUAGAAGUGGAACAAACCGAGAGUCAAGAUGAGGACAGAAUUGCCAAGGCCAAGGAAGCUGAGGCUAAGAAGCCUCUUCAAAUGAUUGGAGUCCAAUUGUUGAAAGAUUCUGAUCAAACUACUAGAAUGUCAAAAAAAUCAAGAAGAAGAGCUGCUCGACUGGCUGUAGCGGAUGACGAUGAUGAUGACUGGUUUCCUGAAGAUAUAACUGACGCUUUCAAGGAAAUGAGGAACAGGAAAGUUUUUGAUGUGGAAGACAUGUAUUUAAUAGCUGAUGCUUGGGGUUGGACAUGGGAGAGAGAAAUAAAGAGGAGGCCUCCCCAGAGGUGGUCACAAGAAUUGGAAGUUGAGUUGGCAAUUAAACUAAUGCUGAAGGCAAGUACAUCUACCAAAUUUCCUUGUUUCCAGGUCAUAGAGUUGGGUGGAACACCCACUAUUGGAGACGCUGCCAUGAUAUUGCGGGCGGCUAUAAGGGCUCCUAUGCCUUCAGCUUUUUUGAAGAUCUUGCAGACAACACACAGCCUUGGUUAUGUAUUUGGGAGUCCUCUAUAUGACGAAACAAUCUCCUUGUGCCUAGACCUUGGGGAACUAGAUGCUGCAAUUGCAAUAGUUGCAGACAUGGAGACUACUGGAAUUACGGUCCCAGGCCAGACCCUUGACCGGGUAAUUUCUGCUAGACAAGUGCCUGACAAUGCCACUGAUGAGGCAUCACCAUAG